AUGGAACCGACGCAAUCGCCGUCGGAGACGGAAGUUCACUCCGGCGAGGAUGGAGACGGUUACGGCGGUGGUGAGUAUUCAUCGGAAAACGACGAAGCCGGAGUUACCGGAGGAAUUGGCGAAACGCGUUGUGAUCCUGACGUUAUCGUUUUGGUUACAGGAAUCUGUCAAGAAGUUAAAGAAAUAAUCAGCUUCUUGGAGCCUGAGGUUGUCUUUGUGGAGUUGUGUGCAAGCCGAGUGUUUAUUCUCCUACCUCAGACUAUGAAGAUUCCAACCAUGUCGGACAUGAUUGAAAGUUGGAAGCAGAAACAGAACACGUUCGGUAUACUUUAUGGAUGGUUUCUUGCAAAGGCAAGUUUUGCUAAUCAUCAGCUAGAGGUUUUUCCUGGUACUGAGUUUUGUGUAGCAUAUGAAGAGGCCCUUAAGUAUGGGGGCAGUGUGAUACUUGGUGAUUGUCCUGUACAGAUCACGUUAAAAAGAACAUGGGCAAAGAUGACUUUAUGGCACAAGGUGAAGUUUAUAUACUCCUUGAUGUUUCAAGCUGUAUUCUUGCCAAGCUCUGAAGAACUCGAUAGAAUGGAGAGUCCUGAUCUGGUACAUUCACCAGAACAGCUCGGCCACCAACAUUCACAUCAGCUGUGGAACCGACAGUGUCCAGGCGAGGGGUUCACAGCAGGCAUGGUUUUAUUCGGUACUCGAACCCCAGGUUCUCCAAACCCUGCAAAUCAAAACAAACCUCUCGUUUCGAAAACGAUCAAAAAUGGUAAUAAGCCAAACCAAAAGCCACAACUUUUUGAAGAAGAGACCCCAUUGAAGAGCUUUCCUGCAAUUCUCGGCAUCCCAAUAAACGGGAGCACCAGAAGAUUGAAACCCAGAUGCGAGGAUGAGCAAAUCCACAAACUCUUGCGAACAGGAUGCGUUCACGUAACGAAGAACAGGAAGAGCAAAAGAUUUCACUAA